AUGGGAGAUCCAAUUGGUGGUAGAUUCGGAAAAUUUGGAGCGUUUAGAGGUAGCUUGUUUGGAGGAAGAGAUCCUUUUGAUGAUCCCUUCUUCACUAGGCCAUUUGAAGAUUUGCUCGAACCAAACACCUUUAGUUCAGGUGCUUCCUUUGGUAAUAACAACAAUGGUGGUGGGAGAGGGUUAACAAUUGAAGAAUUACCAUCUGAUGAAGAAGUAGAAGAAGGUGAAGGAAAAGAUUUUGUAAGUGAUGAAGAACAUACUAGUUCAGAGAAUCAGCCAUCUGUUGAGCACCCUGAAGAUGAUUCUGAUGCUGAGAGGAAGAUUCAGAGUGUGAAUCAAAGGAGUAACUUCAAUGUUAGAGAGGGUGCGCAGUCUCGAGCUAAAACAUUUAGGCAUCACACCUCUAAGGUUACAUAUGGUGGCAUAGAUGGUGCUUACUAUACAUCUAGUAGAAAUAGAAGAACAGGCAGUGAUGGAGUGGUAGUUGAGGAAAGCAAAGAGGCGGAUAAGACAACAGGUGAAGCCACUCAUAGGAUCUCCAGAGGAAUCAAUGAUAAGGGACAUUCGGUUACUAGGAAGCUUAACUCAAGUGGUGGUGUGGAGUCUACACAGACUCUUCACAACCUCGAUGAAGACGAACUAAGUGGCUUUGAAGAAGCAUGGAAAGGCAAUUCAUCUCUUGCCAAUCAUGAAUCCACUGGCUCUGAUCAUAGUUUUGGAGGAUGGCUUCUUCCAUCUCUGGACCAAACUCGUAUCCGAUCAGACCAGUUUCAGACCGGUUCAAGCCGUUCAGCACGUGGAGAUAAGAAAGUUGUCCGCAUCAACAUUGAGUGA